AUGCCGAUUGAAAAUGAUGACCCUGGGAUCAACGCGCUCUGUGCUCAGACUUUGUUGUCACAAUUUCAUCGGCUACGGCCGCUGACACAGCACAUAUGCGAUGCACCGCUGGCCCAGAGCACAAGAGUGUCGCCUCUUACAUACGGCACAACGCAGUUCACUCUCAAGCAACUCGAUGAAGGAGUUAACCAGAGAUAUCGUCAUAUGCAAGACUCUAUGCUAUGGCUUGGUAUUCUCUGUGACAUGAGUCAAUCUGCAAUUCAGAAGUGCCCGUCAGUCCUUCUGCCUGGGAACUCUGGCGAUGAAAAAGCUUGGGAUUUCAUUCGUCAACGCACUGAUAUUUUCGAACGUUCCUUUGGUGUGCUUAACAACUCUCUGACACCACUUCCAGAGGACGUCGUUGUUGUAUUGCUGCAGCAUGCUUCUGCUUGCAAAACAAUGUAUUUUGGUUGUAUCAACCAGUUUCGUGAUUCGUUGUCGCAGCACAACCUUGACCUCAUAUCAGUGCUCGCUAAGAAAGUCUCCGAUGAGCGCAAGAGAUUCCAUGGCGCUUUUGACCAACUCUUGACAAAAUGUGCUCGUGACUUCCUCACGAUGACACUGGAAUGCCAAAUGAACUACGUUCUUCUGGUAACCCAUCAAUCUUUGGGGUCGUUGAUCCUCGCUGAUUUGCUUGACGCGGUUGUUGACCUCAAAUUACCGCUGCAAAGUCCAGGCUCGAUCCGUUUGCAGGCUUGUAGCGCAGUGGUACAUACUUUGAGCCUGGUUGCGAACUACGAUCAGUAUUCCUCAGAAGACCUGGCCUACGGAAGCAGAUUACUUCACGACCCACUCCCUGAGCUCAUGGUUGAAGUUUUGUCAGAAGCCGGCAAGGCAAUUUACUCAUUAGUCAAUAACUGUGAACUCUCUGAGCAAUCAGCACGGGUAAUGCUAGCGGUCCUGUCUAGUGCUUUAAGGACACUUUCACAGAUUUCGAAAACUGCGGGCUACGCAUUGUUAUCCUUCGAGCACAUUGAGCGAACUUGUCAGUUCAAACUUCAGAGUGGUUCAAGUACUUCAAGGGCUUCAACCCCUUGGAUAACCUCGGGAAAAAAUCCAGUUUGGGACGGAAAUAUUGCCCAUUAUUUCUUGCACGAAAUGGAAACUGGAGAGACCUUUGACUCCUCGAGUCUCGAAGCGAUCAUUCAAGAGCAUGUUUCAUCUGAUUUCAGAGAUUUUGAUUCAUCGUCAUCAUUCACUCACCCAACAACUUCAGAGGGCUCCAUGUUCAGUUAUCAUCUUAGCCCUGAUUCUUCAAACUCUUGUGAUCAGUAA